UCUGUUCACUGGAUAAUUGUGUAAGAUUAUAAUGAAGAUUUGCGGUUUUUACAGGUCUUGCCACUCAGCUGAAAACAGAACAACAGAGGAUAAUGGCUGACAAUCUGCGUCACAGAUUGAACAAUGCAGCAGCACCACUGCAGAACAAUGGCAACAUUAAUAUCGUCCUUCUGGGGAAAACCGGAGUUGGGAAAAGUUCAUCAGGAAACACCAUCCUGGGAGAGAACAGAUUCACAUGUGGAAGAAGUCUGUCUGCUGUUACAGAUGUAUCUAGUGUUGAGAAAUCAGUGAUUGAUGGCAGAUCUGUGUCUGUUAUUGACACUCCUGGCUUUUUUUGUACUAAUCUUUCCCAAGAGCAGCUGUCGAGGGAGUUUGCGAGAAGUGUGUAUCUUUCCGCUCCAGGAGUUCAUGCGUUUUUAUUUGUUGUGCCGUUCGGCAGGUUCACAGAGCAGGAGGAAGAGAUACUGACAGGAGUGCAAAAGGUUUUUGGUAAAGAUGUGCUGAAGCAUGUCAUUCUCCUCUUCACAUACGGGGAUGAAUGCAUCAGAGAGAGGAUACAGGCAGAGAUUGACGGGAAUAGGCUUGUCAGUGGAGUCGUUCAGAGCUGUCAGGGUUAUCAUGUCCUCAGUAACAGAGAUCUGACUGACAGACAGCAGGUGACUGAUCUACUGCAGAAGAUUAACACAAUGACAGAGUGGAAUCAAGGCUACUACACCAAUGAGCUGUAUGAACGGGCUCAAAUGUGGCCAUGGGAAAAAUUCUGGGAAAUGCUUAAGAACUUUUUUAAUGCAGUGAUUGCACUUUUCCUGAACCCGUCUAAAAAUUCUGAUAACAGCUGUUGGAGAUUGGCGCCAUAUGAGACUCUAAAAAACUAAGAAUACAUUUUUUUGCUCUUGAUUUAUUUUAUAAGACAUGGUUAAAUAUAACCUAACUGUAGGCGACAGCCCCUCUGCUUAUGAGGAAAAAUUAUGUAUCAGAGCAAAAUGAGAAAUUAAUGAACUGAUGUAACAGAACACGUCUCUGUGUGUGAGUUGAAAGGUUUAUUAUAUUUUAGCUACAUUGUAUUUUCACAUGUUUGAAAGGAUGGCUGUUAAAUGUUAAAACAGAUCAUAUAUGUUUAUCAAACAGUAUGGUAUACAAGAUACUACUUUAUCUUUACACGUUUCAUUCAUUAAAAAGAGUCUUAUGUAAAUAAGAUCCUUUCUGAACUAUGAAUACAAAAAAUAAUUAUAAGAAUAAUACAGCAGACAUUUCAUGCCUUAAUGCAUAUUCAGCAGGCACCUAUUAACAGCAUUUUCCUGCUCAUUUACAUAAUGCACAGUAUAU